AGUCUAAACGGAAGUAGGUACGUGGCCGCUUCAGCUGACAGUCUACAUGAUGGCGACAGAGGUUCAGAGCGGCGACCUCGACAGUGCUACUUCCAGCCGGCUCGAAGUUUCUAUCGAUGGCCUCACUCUUAGUCCUGACCCGGAGGGUGAGCAGAUCCAGGUCGAAGAGCCUGACCCUAAACCCGCGGAACCCGAGACCGAUACGCCGGGUGUCGCGGGAGGCGAAGAUGGAGAGACAGACAAAUCUGCGAUAGAGAGAAAAUGGGGCUUUCCUUUGCUGGAGCUGUACGGAAUGGGCCUUAAAUUUUUCAAAGAUAAAGAUGGGAAGGCCUUCCACCCAACGUAUGAGGAGAAGCUCCGACUGGUGGCUCUGCACAAACAGGUGUUACUGGGCCCUUAUAAUCCUGAUGCUUCACCGGAGGUCGGCUUCUUCGAUGUCCUCGGCAAUGACCGCAGAAAAGAGUGGGCCUCCCUGGGUAACCUGGAGAAGGAGGAGGCCAUGGUGGAGUUUGUCAAGCUGCUGAACAAGUGCUGUAACCUCUUCGCUCCCUACGUCACCUCACACAAGAUCGAAAGGGAGGAGCAGGAGAGGAAAAGGAAAGAAGAAGAGGAGCGACAGCGACUGGAGGAGGAGGAGAGGGAGCGACAAAGGCAGGAGGAGGAGAGACGAAGGCUUGAGGAGGAGGAAAGGCUGAGGAGAGAGGAAGAGGAAAGGAGACAGGCAGAGGAGGAAAGGCUACGGAUUGAGCAACAGAAACAACAGAUAAUGGCAGCAUUGAAUGCGCAGACAGCAGUGCAGUUCCAACAGUAUGCUGCUCAGCAAUACCCCAACAGCCCAGAGCAACAGCUUGGCCUCAUCCGUCAGCUCCAGGAGCAGCACUACCAGCAGUACAUGCAGCAGCUCUACCAGGUCCAGCUGGCACAGCAACAGGCGGCCUUACAGAAGCAGGCUGAUUCCAUGGUGCAGGGUACCCUUGAAUCUAGCGGCUUCAAUAGUGGUGAACCCAUCCCCGCCUCAGCAGCAGGACCGUUGUGUGCAGCUUUACCACCUGCUGGCGAGGAAACCCCUACAGUCAAUGGAGGCCAGUCGGACUCGUACUCGGAGAGCAUGGACCGGGAGCCAGAGCCUGAGCCGGCAGAGGAGGUCUCAGAGAACGGGCCUUUAUUAGCAGACUCUCCACCAGUCAUAGCUGCUCCCUCCAUGUGGACACGGCCACAGAUCAAGGACUUCAAGGAGAAAAUCCGGCAGGACGCAGACAGUGUGAUCACAGUGGGGCGUGGCGAGGUGGUGACAGUGCGUGUGCCCACCCACGAGGAGGGCUCUUACCUGUUCUGGGAGUUUGCCACGGACUAUUAUGACAUCGGUUUCGGGGUCUUCUUCGAAUGGACGGACGCUGCCUCUGCUUCGGUCAGCGUGCAUGUGUCGGAGUCCAGUGAUGAGGACGAGGAAGAUGAAGGUGAUCCUCCCAGUGAGGAGGAGAAGGCGAAGAAGGAGGCAGGGAAGCCUCAGGUGGAUGAGAUUGUGCCGGUGUACCGGCGGGACUGUCAUGAGGAGGUGUACGCCGGUAGCCACCAGUACCCCGGCCGCGGAGUCUACCUGCUCAAGUUUGACAACUCCUAUUCACUCUGGCGCUCCAAGAGUGUUUAUUACAGAGUCUACUACACCAGAUAAGCCUGAAUACAGACACAGGGGAGCCAAGGAGUGUUUGUUCCUAUGUAUGUGUGUGUGUGUGUAGGUGUAGGUGGAGAUUUGUGCGAUCGCAGUGUGUGUGUGUGUGUCUGUGUGUGUGUGAGAGAGAGAGAGAGAAAGAGAUAGUGAUACCAGAUCUGGACAAAACCACCAGAGGGUGACAAAGAGACACAUCUGGAGCCCUAGUUUGGAGAUUGGACUAAUAUGUAUGUACUGUAUGUGUAUGCGUGUCCCAAGAUACACCCAUGCUAGAGCCUGUCAUCAAGCCCCUGGAAGAGGAGUGUGUAUUCCUGUUGUAUAGUCACCACCUGUCCUCACUGUGCUCACAUAGACCAAGCUGUAGGACUUUGCUCUCAUAUUGUAUUUGACCACUUUUCACCCUGGGCUCCUCUUCUGUCACCACCCUAGCCCAAAGCUGUCCAACGUGGCCUUGUGGCUGCUUCUGCCCUGAGUGACGCUUUCAUAACCAUGAACGGAAACCCGGCAAGUCCAGCACUCUGUGAGCCAACGUUUCCUGUUUGGUGGUAACAGUAGUUGUUAAUCCCACAAGAACACAGACAAUGUUGAAAAUCAAAUUAUAUUGCAAAUGUACUUCAUAACACUAUGCCUCUGUUCCACAGAGAGCUUCUGGUCUUUGCCAAGUCUCUCACACACAUUAUAAACACCAUUGUAUGCGCACUUAAUCAUCUUUUUUUUGUUAAAUAGCAGUCCGUUAUUCUCUUCCCCAGCCACCAUGCAUAUAUGAAGAUCUGAGAGGAUGUUUAGUGAAAGCAGUGCUCUUUUUGGCUUAUUUCCCACACAAAACCAGCCUGACAUUCACCUUUAUUUCUUUAUACAAUCUGAUUGACACAUUGAGUACACCAUGAGUAGUGUUUUUUUUAAUAGAGUUUACUGGGCUGGCAAACAUUAUGAAGGACUGGCAAGUCAUUCCAUGUUUUAGCGUGAACUCCAAAUAGUCAUUAAUGUUAAAGGAGUAAGUAUAACAUAACACGCACAUGGAAAAGUAGGCCCUCUGGCUUUAUAAACUCAAGCAUCUCUGUGUGAUACACAGCAAGAAGUUUUAAAACAAAUUACUAAAUAAAAAUUUGUUCUCCCUUUCUCUAACAAAUAUUAUAUUGGUGUGUCUGUUUCCACAUGACUGAUUACAUUAAAUCAUCCACUGUCCUUUGCUUAUCAAUUCUUCAUGAUAGAAUCAAGAAAAAAAGGAGCUGGUAUUACGACAGAUUAUAUUAAUAUUACCUGGGAUGUUUUUUGUGUUUAUCAUUGUGUGUUUGGAGAUGCUGUACUCAGUUCUGACACGCACAUACACAAUAUAAAUUCCAUGUUUUGGAGGUCAUAACACACUGUUACAUCUCUGCAGCACUCAGAAAUCAAAAUACAUUACACAAAAUAGUGUUGCUGUUUUUCUUCCUGCUUUGAAUUAACUCAAAUUGUCAUCUCAAAUAAGGUGUCGUGAAUAAACUGAGAUGAUUUAUUUUUGUGUGUUUGGUGAUGUGGUUGCUUACUAACUCAGUUGUGACAUCUAAGUUUAUUCAAUUUAAGUUCAUUUGUUUCCAUACUUUAGAUUUAUUCUGUUGUUUAGUUUGACAUUACGUAUACAUGCUUUGUGUACCUACCACCUAGGUGCAUUAUAAGCAGUGUGUGCAAUGUGUUCAGUAGGCUUCAGAGACAUUUGGUUUCACUUUAUCACUUGUUGAUCUGUAUUUGUACAUUUUUGUGUGUGUAUGCAACCAAACUUUAAAGACACAGGCGGAAUAACUUGCAAGUUGAGUAAUAUGCCCAAUGUCCUUGCUGAGUGUUAGUUUAUCAUAUUAUUUAAUUAGAGGCCACUCCUGCCUUCUAUCCAUUCAGUGAUUUGUUUAACCAAAUGUCACUAUGGCAUAACCAAGCCAUGAAGUUUAAGAAAGUUCCCGUAUGUUCUGAUGUGUGAUGUCUUAAGUUUCUUAUUGCUCACCAAAUGGUUUGAGUUGACUUGUUUAAGCCUUGUAUGUAAAUAAUUCUAUAAAUGAGUUUAUGUAUGGGUUUUUAAAUGUGGAAGAAGGCUAUGGUUUUGAGAAUCAAUGCACUGUAAAAUAUGGUGAAUGAGAUAUGUAUACACUUUACCCCCAAUGAUCCAAAACAAAUUGUAGGAAGUAUACAACUGUAAGACUAUUGACAUGACAGACCGAGAAGCUCAUCUUUUUGUAUUGUUUUGACUUGUUUGGAUCUCUUAUGAGUUGCAAGAUCUUUUUUUGGGCAUAUAUUUAAUCCUGAUUAAACUUAUGUUCCUCUCUAGAA